AGGCAGUGUGCUUUCUAUUGCUUCUUCAUUGAUUUUGCACUCGUUGUACCGUCGCGAUAUUGUAGCAGUUCUUCUGAUGAGUUCUUGGUAAUAUGUAGAGGAGAGGGCUGGUAUCCAUAUUUAAAAGGACCUUCCACCUUAUCAACAGUUUCGUCCCCCCGGCACCAACAACGACACCAAUAACAGUAACAUAAUCAGCAAUAAUAAAAAGCCAUCACCAUGCCGGGCAACGACGCACAGUACUUUGACCCAGAGCCCCGAAGCAAGAAGAGCAAGCCAAGGGAUUGCAUAGACCAGAUGUGUACCCAUGUUAACCAAGAGCUGCUCAUCUCCAAGCUCUUCUAUUUCUUCUUCUUCGCUGCUUUCGGCUCCCUAUUCCCUCUAUUGGCCGUAUACUUCAAACAACUUGGCAUGAACGCCACCCAAAGCGGCAUGCUUAUCGGGUUCCGGCCGUUCAUAGAGUUCCUGAGUGCGCCCUUUUGGGGGAAUCUGGCCGACAAAUGGCGGAAAGGAAAGCAGAUAAUGCUGUUUGCACUGUUCAGCUGGGUAGCUUUUACCUUGGCAUUGGCUUUCAUCCAACCAACCGUGGACUCGUGCCUGGCGAGAAACCAUACGGGAGUUAUACGCGAGGAUCCCUUGGAUAGAUCGCGAAGAGACACGGGUACUUCUCCUAUUCAUAUUGCAAAACCUUCUUUCCAUCUAAAAAGCAUAAAUGUGGGAAUAAGUGACNAGGUCUACGAGCAACCGAAAUGGCUCCACGUGUUUCGAUUGUUCUGUAAUCUCCGCUACGGGUCCUUCCUAUUCCUGGCAUGGUUCAUGGGGUUCGGGAUUGGCCUCAUUUUCACCUUCUUGUUCUGGCACCUGCAGGAUCUUGGGGGUUCGCCAACUUUGUUUGGUAUGGCAUCAGUUAUCAACCAUAUAUCGGAAAUAUUUGCCUACUUCUUCAGCAGUCGGCUGAUUGGUCAAAUAGGCCACGUAAAGCUGCUAUACAUUGGUCUCGUAGGCAACGUGGCCCGUUUUCUGUACAUAUCUUGGCUGAAGAGCCCGUGGUGGGUGCUACCCUUCGAGUUUGCACAAGGUAUUACCCAUGCCUUAGUAUGGGCCGCCAGCGUCUCCUAUAUAACCAACGCCACACCAGCACACUUGAAGCAUUCGGCUCAGGGGAUCCUGCAGGGCCUACACCACGGCCUGGGGAGGGGCUGCGGCGCCGUGUUCGGGGGCAUCAUGGUACACUACCUGGGUUCCGAAUGGACAUUCCGUAUUUAUGGAUUCCUUUGCAUCGCUGUUCUUGUGUUCUUCGUGGCUGCCAAUUACUUCUCCAGUGACGUGCAGACGCCGGCAGACUUCCUGAAUCAGGACAAGCACGAGCCGAAGGAGUACGUGGAAGAGACGUCCACACUCGCCCCCUGCGGGGUACCCAUGAACCCCAUGAGUCGUAACCUGUCCAAUUCAAAACUGGCUGCCAUGGAGUCUGAACACCAAGGUUACGGUGCUACUGGGGACGGGAACGGCUAUUUGCAGCCGCAUUCUAGAAAAGCGGAUCCCUGGAAUGAAAAGCAAAAUGGCUACCAGAGUGGCACACAAGGUCUGUUCAUGUCGGCAACGCCGCCUGUGCAGACGGAGACGCAUUACCAGCAACCGGAAGGAAACGAAAACGAGACCCAGUACCAGUACAACGACAACUGGUGACAUCAUUAGGGCACGCUAUUAAGAACUUAUGGUGAUACAGGGAGAGGAAUUUACAUGCUCUCCACUUCCUCCCUGGUCAAACCUAGAAUUAUUAAAAAAAAA